UUUAAUUAAGGUACAGCGAUCUUUCUAAAUAUAACGCUAUUAUAUCUUUAUUAAGUACAAUGACUUUAGCGAAUCCUUUAUAUCACAAAGAAUGGCAGAAAUAGAACAUUGAAAUUUUUUUUUACUUAAAUUUAUUAAUUAAUUCGAUCUCUGCACUUCUACUAUGCAUGCAAAAAACACACUUUUUUUCUUUUUGACAUUGUAAUUUGACCUCGAGGAUUUUCACUCGUAGGGUAUAAAUUAUAGACCAUCAUAAGCAUAUUACUCAUUUGAAUCAGAAGUUUGAAAGAUGCAACAUACGGCUAUAUACGAGGAUAUUUCUUUCACUCUACAGGAAAUUCUUGUAUCUUUGGAUACACUUGUUGACUGUCCAAAGAAUGGUAGUUGGAUGAUUAAGAAUGGGCUUGUUGAAGUAUUAAUUGGUAUUUUAAGAACGCUGUCAACUAGCGAAACAAUUUUCCAUUUAACAAUGGUCAUCUUAAAUAAACUGCUACAUCAGGAUCAAAAUAAAGACGAUGACCAGUAUUUUCUCGAAAUCGAUUCCGAAAAGUUAUUAGAUACUUUGGAGAUACUUAAGGAAAAAGAAAAUCUCUCUUUUUUAACUUCCGCCGAAAUUUGCUUAAAUAAGAUACUUUUGUUAAGAAAUGAAAAUAUCUUUUUGGAUUGUCUCCUUGAAGAGAGAUGUUAUAGAUUUUUAAGAGAAGUUUUACAUAUUGAUGAAGAUGCUUACCUGGAUCCUAGAUACAAUAAAUGCUAUUGUACUCGUUGCCAUGCACAAAGACAAUUAGACGAUUACGAUGAAAGGGGUAAUCCUCCUAGAACUUAUGCCGUACCUACUGGAUGGUAUAGAUUUGCUUUAAAAACUCCACCCUUUGCUGCAGGUGAAUGUGCUUUUGAUAACUGGCAUAGAGCAUAUCACGGUACAAGACCAGAGUACAUUCCAGAAAUAUUACGUCACGGCUGCCUCUUGAUGCCUGGAGAUAUAACGUCCAGAGGUGAUGUGCUGAAAGAAAUUGAAGAAAACCGACACGACGAAAAUCAACCCGAAAACUUUAAUUCAAAACAAAUCUUUGUAUCUCCUACAAUUAAAUACUCGGAUUUCUACGCUAACGGAACAAAAUGGAAUAAUUUUACUGUAAAAGUUGCUUUUCAAGUUCUUAUCAAGCCAAACUCUUACAGAACGGGCAGAGAAACUAUCGGUCUAGAAGAUCAAAUUGAUCCAAAAUUUUCAAAUAAUGAAGUUGAAUGGUUUACAAAUCGUCGGGCAUCUAUUAUUUUAUAUGGACUUUUAAUUAAAAUGGAUUAAACUUCCUCUACUUAAAAAACAUUACCUUGGCUAUAAAGCAAAUAUAGAAUACAAAUUUUCCAUUUCUUUCCUUCUUAUCCCAACUAUAAAUAGAAUAGAAGAAGAUAAUUUAUGAAACAAAAAAUACCGUGUGGGUGGAAACAUAAUAGUUUUGAUUGUGUGAUGAAAUUGAAACAAUAAUGCUUGUUUUUUCUUCUUUUUCUUUUUUACUGGUUUAAUACUGUCUAUAUAGAUUUUAUAAUGUUCUAUAUAUAGUUUAAUUGAAUAACUUAUAUACUCUUUAUAUGAUUACACUUGUAAAAUAUACUGUAAAUGUAUAUAUAUAUACAUA